CAAAUUCGUGAGUACAUUUUUCGACAAUCUCGGAAAAAGCGUUAUUAAACAAAGAGGAGGACUUCCGACAAACAAGAAAGACUUUAUGGACCUAAUUUUAGAAAUGAGACAGCAGAAAGUAAUCGAAGGCUCAAAGAGACACGACAAUGAACAUUUAAAGCCUCUCGAACUGACUGACAGCAUUAUUGCGGCUCAAGCGUUUGUAUUCUACGCGGCUGGCUACGAAACCAGUGCCUCUACCAUGACGUACAUGUUCUACGAACUGGCGAAGCAGCCUGCAAUACAAGACAAGCUUAUUGCAGAAAUUGACGAAGUUCUCAAACGUUAUAAUGGACAAAUAACCUACGAGUGCUUGAGCGAGAUGACGUACCUGAGUCAAGUAUUUGAUGAGACAUUGAGAAAGUACCCGGUCGCAGAUCCUAUGCAACGUAACGCUAAAGUUGACUACAAGAUUCCUGGUACUGAUAUUACCAUUAAACAAGGACAAACCAUAAUUAUAUCCUCCUGGGGUAUCCAGCAUGACCCUCAGUACUACCCCAACCCGGAUAAAUUUGACCCGGAACAUUUUAGCCCUGAAAAUGAGAAGAAUCGACAUUCGUGCGCUUAUCUACCAUUCGGAGCUGGUCCUAGGAAUUGCAUAGGUAUGCGUUUCGCCAAAUUACAGUCUGAGGUGUGCAUAGUCAAGUUUUUAUCUAAAUUCCGGGUGGAAUCUUCCAAGAAAACUCAAAAGGAUCUUCAGUUCGACCCUAUGCGCUUGUUUGCCUUUCCCGUUGGAGGAAUUUACUUGAAUCUAAUACGGAGACAUGUUUGAUCGUGUUGUUUAUCAAAGAUAAGUUGAUAUUGAUUGUGAUAUAAUUAUCAACACAUGUUAAGAAUUUGUAACUAUAUUUAUAUUUACUUUUGUUUUGUUCAAUUACAAAUUAAAUAAAUAUACAACGUUCACUAUAAAGAAUAUUUUUAAGACCUUUGAUGAGGUGUUAUAUGGUUGGUAUUUUUCGAAAUAUCAUUUGGGGCAGGUACAAUCGAAGAAACUAACGUCAUUCACACUAUAACUUCAAUCGGUUGUACGUUUCGAAUUUAGAUUACGACGCGGAAACACAAGGCGCGUUUUUUAAUAUUAACCUGUUGUUAGGACAAGUUGUUGCUACGUAAUUGUUUUAACCUAUCUAAUUUUUAGAAAUAAGGUCCGUUUUCUGUAAGUGUAAAUGGAAUACCGCAGAUUUCCGCGAUUGUACAGUUCCAAAAUUUUCGUUCUCAUUGGCAAAAAAAAACGGUGUCGGGUUUGAUAUGUAAUUCCUAAAUUUAUU